AUGGCACUCCUCAAGUCUAGAGGACUUCGUAUGUCCCCAGAAAAACAAGAAACUUUAUUGAAACUGUCUAUUCUAUCAAUUACUGCAAUUUUGUCAUUUGCCACAAGAUUGUUUUCUGUUCUAAGAUUUGAAAGUGUCAUUCAUGAAUUUGAUCCCUACUUUAACUAUAGAACUACACGUUUCCUAGCAGAAGAAGGUUUCUAUAAAUUUCAUAACUGGUUUGAUGACCGAGCAUGGUACCCAUUAGGAAGAAUUAUUGGAGGUACUAUUUAUCCUGGCUUAAUGGUGACAUCUGCAGUUUUGUAUAAUAUUUUGCAGUUUGUUAACAUCACUAUUGAAAUCAGGAAUGUCUGUGUGUUUUUGGCACCAUUUUUUUCUAGUCUUACCACAAUCAUUACAUAUUUAUUGACAAAAGAAUUAAAAGAUUCAGGUUCAGGUCUUGUUGCCGCUGCCAUGAUAGCUAUUGUGCCUGGCUACAUUUCCCGUUCUGUAGCUGGAUCAUAUGAUAAUGAAGCUAUUGCUAUAUUUUGUAUGUUGUUGACAUACUAUACUUGGAUUAAAUCCGUGAAAACUGGAAGUAUAUUGUGGGCUACUUUUUCUGCUGUCGCCUACUUUUAUAUGGUAUCUUCUUGGGGAGGUUAUGUUUUUCUGAUUAAUCUUAUACCAAUGCACGUUCUCACAUUAAUGAUAACUGGAAGAUUUUCGCACAGAAUUUAUGUUGCUUACUCCAUAUUGUAUUGCAUUGGUACUAUGUUGUCAAUGCAAAUUUCAUUUGUCGGUUUUCAACCUGUUCAGUCCUCUGAGCAUAUGUUGGCUUUGGGUGUUUUUGGUCUAUGCCAGUUGCAUAGUCUAGUUGAUUACUUAAGAUCUAAACUCACACCUGCAGAUUUUGAUGUUUUGUUCAGAUCCAUGAUAGUUGCAACUGCUGCUUUGUCUGUUCUCGUUGGGACAAUCCUCACUAUUACAGGCAAGAUUGCUCCUUGGACUGGGCGUUUCUACACUCUGUUGGACCCGUCUUAUGCCAAGAACCAUAUUCCAAUCAUUGCUUCAGUUUCUGAGCAUCAGCCGACAUCAUGGUCAUCUUUUUAUUUUGAUUUGCAGAUAUUGGUGUUCUUAUUUCCAGCUGGCCUUUACUUUUGUUUUGCGCAUUUGACUGAUGCUAACAUAUUUUUGAUUCUUUAUGGAGUUACAAGCAUUUACUUUGCAGGCGUGAUGGUCCGUCUAAUGCUUGUACUGGCACCUGUUAUGUGCAUUUUGUCUGGAAUAGCCGUUUCUUCUAUGCUUCAAAUAUAUAUGAAGCAAAUAGACCCAGAAAAAAAUGUUGAUAAGAAAAGGAGCAAAAUGGAAUCAAAUUUUGUUAUGAAAAGUGAGAUCGCUACUGUUUUUGUGGGCCUAAUGACAUUUCUACUAAUGACGUACACUUUCCACUGCACCUGGGUUACCUCUGAAGCUUACAGUUCUCCAAGCAUCGUUCUCUCAGCGAGGACUCACGAUGGAUCUCAGAUAAUUUUUGAUGAUUUCAGAGAGGCUUACUACUGGCUGAGAAUGAACACCCCUGAGAAUGCCAAAGUAAUGUCUUGGUGGGAUUAUGGCUACCAGAUCACCGCUAUGGCUAAUAGAACCAUUCUGGUUGAUAAUAAUACUUGGAACAACACUCACAUUUCGAGAGUCGGGCAAGCGAUGGCAUCGAAUGAGGAGCAAGCUUAUGCAAUAAUGAGAGAACUAGACGUAGAUUAUGUUUUAGUCAUAUUUGGUGGUGUUGUUGGGUAUUCAUCCGAUGAUAUCAACAAGUUCCUGUGGAUGGUGCGUAUUGGAGGCUCGACCGAAAGAGGAGCUCAUAUAAAAGAAACUGAUUACUAUUCUCCCAGCGGAGAAUUCAGGGUGGACAAGGAAGGCUCUCCAACACUACUAAACUCUCUCAUGUACAAGAUGUGUUAUUAUAGAUUUGGUCAGGUUUAUUCCGAAGGAGGAAAGCCACCAGGCUAUGACAGAGUUCGAGGAGCAGAAAUAGGCAAUAAAGACUUUGAGCUGGAAGUCCUCGAGGAGGCGUAUACUACUGAGCAUUGGCUUGUCAGGAUCUACAAAGUGAAAAAUUUGAGGAAUCGGGGUGUCUAG